AUGGAAAAACCCAGCACCGACCAAAUCGAGGACACCGAUGAUCAACAUCUCGGCCACCUGGCCAAUCAAGAAGACCACGAACUGAGAAAAUGGCAGAGCUUGAGAAAAUACCCGUGGACCUUCGCAUGGUGCGUCUACGCUGUAUGGUGCAUCCUGCUGGUCAGUUUCGAGAACCAAGCCUCCGGAAACGUUACGGGAAUCCCUGAGUUCCGCAAGGACUUUGGACAUUUCUAUGAAGGCGCCUGGGUUCUGGAGGCGAAGUGGCAGUCGGCAUUCAGUGGCGCGCCCGUGGCGUCGGCCGUCGUGGGGGCGCUGUGCUCGGGUCAGAUUGCUGAUUCUAUUGGGCGUAAACUCACGAUUGGAAUAUCUCUCGUGAUUACUGUCGCUGCUGUGACGUUGGAGUUUGUUGCGACGACUAAUGAGAUGUUCUUUGGGGGCAAGUUCCUGAAUGGGUUUGCUUUGGGAGCGCUGGCAUCUGUUCCUAUUACUUAUAUUGGAGAGAUCUCCCCUCUUGCCCUUCGCGGCACCCUCACCUGUCUCUCGGCUCUGGCUUACUGUAUCGGCCCCUUCGUCGUCGCCCUGAUCACAAACACAACAGGAACUUAUACGAAUCGAUGGGCAUACCGUGCCGUCUUCGUAGCCCAGUACGGCUACGCUGCAAUUGCACUCGCUUUCAUAUCAUUUAUGCCAGAGUCACCCUGGUGGCUGGUAUCCAAGAACCGCGACGACAAGGCGCUCAACAGUCUCCAGAAACUAGGCUACAGUGAAGAAGAGCGAGUCAGAAAGCUUGCCAGCAUCAAGGUGACUCUUGAGGACAUCAAGCGCGAGACCGAGGGCGUCACCUACCUGGAAUGUUUCCGUCACUCCAAUUUGCGUCGUACGAUCAUCUCCAUCCUCCCCCUGAGCAUCCAGGCUCUGUCCGGGAUUAUUUUCGCCGCCGGCUACUCGACAUACUACAUCCAGCUGGCUGGGUAUAGCACCGAAAUGAGUUUCAGACUUCAAAUUGCGCAGCAGGUCUGCUCACUUGUGGGCAAUAUCAUGUCCUACUUCUUGAUCGACAGACUGGGCCGUCGAAACAUCAUGCUCUAUGGUUUGGGCAUAUUGACCAUCAUUCUGAUGUUGACCGGUGGACUGGCGGUUGUGGGAGCAGAGACCUCGAACCCCAACUCUGCCGGUGCGAUCAAGGGUACCGUGGCUUUGAUCUUGAUCUACUGCUGGUGGUACAAUAUGACCAUUGGAUCGGCAGGAUAUACCAUCCUCGCCGAAGUUUCCACCUCCAGACUGCGCAUCAAGACUAUUGCUAUUGGAUUGGCAUUGCAGAAUGCGCUUUAUACGAUGUGGUCGUUUGUUCUGCCGUAUCUUUUCAAUCCUGAUCAGGCAAAUCUUGGUGCAAAGGUUACCUUCAUCUUUGGUGGUCUUGCUGUGAUUUGUCUGGUUUACUUGUGGUUCUAUCAGCCUGAGACUGCGGGUCGGACUUAUGCUGAACUAGAUGAGAUGUUUGUUAGGGAGGUUCCCGCGAGGAAGUUCAAGGCGUAUCAGACCGACGCUGAGGCUAUGGGUGCUGCUGUUAAAGAGGGAAAUGACAAUGUCUGA